UACGUCAUAUGAAUUCACUGUCGGUUUGUUCUUCAACCAAAGGCUAGAUUUGAAUGCAGCUAAUUUAGGCUUCGCUCUUGGUUUGAUGAGUGAUUUCAACUAAAUUAUUGUAGGUUUGGUCUCCUAAAAUGGAUCCAAGUACUAUCAGAAAACAGUUUUUCUUCACAGUGUCAGAUAAAACAGACGGAUCAAAGUAUUUAUGCUACACUCACGACUGCGCCGCUGCUUUAAACAUAGGAGUGACUGAUGCUGUAGAUGUUUGGAGAGCAAGGAUCACUGAUGAGAAUAAGGCCCAACUGCUGAAGCAUUAUUCGUUGAAAUCAACAGAGGACUGCAUUACGAAAUUGAGAUCCUCAUGUGGUCGUGGAAAUGCUUUUGUGUCCGUGGAGUUGGACCAGGUGGUCCUCCAUCUUGGGCCAUCACCAACAGACAUGACCAUGAACAUGACCAAACUCACUGAUGUCGAUGGGAAAGUGGAGCUGAAGGAACUUCUAUUUAGGAUGACUGACUGCUUGAGUCAUUGGCAGGGCACUGAAGGAGGUCAGGUAUUGUACAGCCCCGGGAAGAACUCUCACAAGAGAACUAAUGACUUUGAGCCCCGAAGACUACAGAGCGGUAAUGGCUCAUCCACAGGGGUCCGCAAGCGCCUUCCUGGAGACUCUUUGAUCAACCCAGGAACCAGAAGCAAGCGACCUGCAACUGGUGUGGCUUUUGAUGAUGACACUGAUGACCUGUAAUAAUGAAGAUGAUUGGGAUGAUAAUGAAGAUGAUUGUGGUUAUGAUGACUAUGAUGAUAAUGAUCAACUUUAGCUUUUAAUCUAAAAUGUCUGGCCUCUAAAGCAGUCUCACACAUGAACCAUUUUAGAGCUGCAAUGAACUCUCAUGAAUGUUCUUUUAAACUCAACUCAACACUAUAUACUGAAAGGUUUUUAACAUACAUUUUUUUAUCACUCAGGAAAUCAGACUGCUUCUAAAAUAUCCUAUGAUGAGAUCUUUAAUAUGAAUAUCUAUCUGCUUUUACAUUACUUCAAAUAAUGUUAUACCUGUAAUAAAUAUAAAUGUGCCUUUUUAAA